AUGGGGGACGAUGGGGUUUCCCAGCACCCUGAGCUGCUCCCCAAGCACAGCCCCCAUCCCACCUCCUGGGUUGCCCACGUGGUGCCCCAAACCACCUUCUGCUCCACCUUCCCACCCUCUGCAACGCUGCGAGGCCAUCGCCCCGUGGCCGUGCAUCCCAAGCCCACAUCUGCUGCAGGGGAACCUUCCUUGCCUCUCACUUGCCCACCUCUCUCCCUCUCAGUGCUCCGGCAUCCGUCGUGCUCACCUCGCCCACACUUCUCCCACGUCUGCCCCAACGCCUGGCUCAGUUUCCAAGGGAAAUGCUAUUAUUUCUCGGACAACGAGAGUGACUGGAACAGCAGCAGGGAGCACUGCCAGCGCCUCGGAGCUGCCCUGGCCGCCGUGGACACGGAGGAGGAGGUGCAAUUCAUGCUGCAAUACCAGCACCCAGCAAACUGUUGGCUGGGGCUGCACAGGGCAGAAGGGGACGAGCACUGGACGUGGGCCGACGGCAGCGCCUUCACCAACUGGUUUGAGGUGCGAGGCGGAGGCCGAUGUGCGUACCUGAAUGGGGACAGGAUCAGCUCAGCCCUCUGCCACAUUAAGAAGUACUGGGUGUGCAGCAGAGCCGACA